AUGGUUGUAAGAGCUAAAAGAAUAGAACUUACUCCGAAAGGAAUCAGAAAUAUUGGAAAUACAUGCUUUUUUAAUUCUUCUAUUCAGUGUCUUCUUUCAAUUCCAGAGUUUGUUACAUUUUAUAUAGAAAACAAUUUUGACUAUACGAGACCCAUUUCAGGAGCAUUUGCAGAAUUUUUAGCGGAUUACAAAAAAUUGGAAAUAGUAACUCCUAAUAAAUUUUUAAAUUUCUUAAAUAGCAAAAUUAAUUUAUUUGAUGGCUCACAACAAGAUGCACAUGAGUUUGUAAUUAGAUUUUUAGAAGUAUUACAUGACGAAUUACCCAAUAAAUUCAAAAAAUUACAAAGUAAAGAAGAAUUUAUUGCCCAUUGUUCUGAAAACAUUAUUGCUAAACUUUUUUAUAGUUUUAAUAAACAAACAAUUUUUUGUUCUAAAUGUGGAAAUAAAUCGGAAUCUUUUGUUUUAUUGAAUAUGAUGCAAAUACAGGUUGAGAAAACAACACAAGAAGGUCUUUCUCGGAUAUUUGAAAAUGAGAAGAUUGAUGGAUUAGAUGUAUGGAAAUGUGAGAAUUGUGGACAUUCAAAAGUUGCUUUUAAACAAUUAGAAGUCAUAAUUUAUCCUAAAAUACUUAUUUUGUACAUAAGCAGGUUCAAUUCUAUGGCUUACAAAAAUAGAGAUAGUAUUAAAAUAGAUGAAAAAAUCAAAUUAGGUAAUAAUAUUUAUUUUUUUAAUGGAGUAGUUUGUCAUAGUGGAAAUCUUAAUGAAGGACACUAUUAUUCUAGUGCUAAAAGAGGUGACAAAUGGAUUAAUUUUAAUGAUACAUCAAUUUAUCAUGGAGGUGGAAGUUACAGUGAUGAUAGUCCAUAUAUGGUAUUUUAUUCUAAAACAAUUUAA